AUGAAGUUUCAAUCUCUUCUAGCAGCUACCAUUAUGUCCUCGCCUGUUAUGAUUGCUAUUGCAGCCCCCGUUGGUCCUUUGGGUCCAUGCCCAGACUCAAAGAUUGAUGCUAUCCUCAUCGGCCGAAUGAAACCUGAGGAAUGUUGUUCAUAUGGAAUAUGCAAGGGCGAUGUGGUCAUCUCCGUCGGGGAGUAG